AUGCCAAAUGAGGUCUCUGGGCUUCCCGUGUAUUCAUCUAAAUCUGGGACUGAAACCAGCCUUCACAUGGAUCUCGAACCUCUCCUCAAUUACAUCGAACGAAGCGAAGUGAAGUCAAGAAUAAGGUUGGAGCUUCAAAACCUAUUACAUUGGGAGUUGGGCCCCUGCCCAGCUGGUCCCCUUUCCUGCCUUAAGGACGUUACUGGUUCGUUCGAUCGGGACAUCUUUUUUACUGGUGCUUCUCGCUGGAAGUUCCGUUACAGCCAUUGCAAGUUCUGUUAUCUUACCUCCAGCUUCAUUGAUAAGCCUAGCAGAGAGGAAGCUACCCCUAUUCGUUCCCUGGUUGAUGUAGAAAAUGUUCGGAUGUUCACAAGUCUUCGCCGUAAAUCAAGCUCCCCCGGGGAUAGGAAAAAAACUAGCAGGAAGGGUAUUACGCUUCAAGAGAAGUGGUCAAUUACAUCGAGCCUUACAGACUGA